CGCCCCUCCCGGCCGCGUCGCCUCCCCUCCCCGCCCGUCGUACUACCGGCGGCCGGCCGAGGCGCGCUGUGGUAGCUAUGGCGACGCCGUGGCGCUGGGCCGCCGCCACCGCCGCGCUGCUCCUGGCCGUGUCGGCCGCGCUGCCGCCCGUCCGCGGCUUCUCCCUCCCGCUGCAGCGACCCGCGGACUGCGGCGGCGACCGCUACUUCGACAUCUCCCGCCUGGCCUGCGCUCCCUGCGGAGCCCACCAGCGACCGAGCGCCGGAGGUAGUUCAUGUGUAUGUCAGCCAGGAUACAGGAUGGUUUCUAGUAAUGGGGGGUCCUCUGUUGUUUGUGAAAAAUGCCCAGAAAAUAUGACUGGAGUUACUCAAGAUGGUUGGAAUUGUAUUACUUGCCCUAAAGGUCUAACUUCAGAAGGAACAUGUAAAUGCCCCCGUAAUGAAAUAUUAGUGGAAAGAAGUGUCGAUGGCAUUUUGCUUGAUGAAGCAUUGUGCUUACAUUGUAAUGGAAGUGAGCAAUCCUUCUCUGCUUCAGAUGCGUCAGGAAAUAGGUGUGUAAGAUGUGAACAAACAUUCAUCAAUGCAAGCAAGUCUUGUGACUGCAGCAGCCCAAACAUUUUAACUGGUGGGCUGUGUUUCAGUGCUGGUGAAAACUUACCCCCAAAGGCAGUUGCAACUGUUCGUUUUGCACAGCUGGGUAUAACACUGACAUCAGCGUGGUUUCUGAAAAACCUGCAGUCCUCAGCCUCUGCCUGUUGGUUGUACUCUAACCUAACAGCAUGCCAAGCUCUCGGAAAUAUGUGUGUGAUGAACAUGAACUCACUGGGUUAUUCAAGUACUGAUGCCUGUGGUUUAUUUCAGUAUAUUUACGUCAAUACAGCAAGACUGGGCAUUGCUCAUUCAAUAGCCUUCUGGAGGCAUAAUCUUCCAUGGCUGUAUUACGGGGAUCGACCAGGAUUAGCAUCCCAAGUGCUUGAGGCAAACAAUUUCCCUACAAUCUUCAGUUUUAAAGGAACAGAUAAGGAUGUAAAGCUGCAAUUUAUUGCAGCCUCAUUUGAUGCUGCAGGAAACUUUCUUAAAUGGCAAAGUUUGGAAGGAGGCAUCUUACAGCUUUGUCCUGAUACCCAAACUAAAUUGAAUGCAGCUUAUGCAUUUGGAACAACUUACCAACAAAGUUGCAAAAUUUCAGUGUCCAAGAUUUUAUUGGAUUUUGCUAAUCCAGUUUUUUAUGACUUAUUCCUUGAAUAUAAUGGUGACAAUGGACAACAGUAUCUUUGGGACGUGCCAGUUUUAAAUUUGAAUCUUCAGGACAGUGAAAUAUUUGUUAAUCAAGGCAGUAAUAUGAACAGCUGGCUUCUGACUCGUCGAUUUUUUUUGGUGGAUGCGCUAAGUGGAAAAGAGAAUGAUUUGGAAAAACUACCAAGAGUACUUCGGAUUGCUAGUAAAAUAACAAUAAGUAUUCGUCUGGCAUCCCAUAAUCAGAGAGGAACUAUCUACCCUCCUCUACUUACUAUUGCUUACACAGACGUGCUUGUUGAAAACCCUGAAACCCAGAGUGUGAUGGUUUCCUUCUCAGUCAGUUAUGAGAUGAAUCAGUCAGAGGCUCAGGUUCAGACUGAUAUCACACUGGGUGUGUUGGGUGGGCUCGCAGUGUUAUGGUCCCUUCUCAAGACUGCAGGCUGGAAGAGACGCACAGGAAGCUCUGUAAUUGACUUGCAGACAGUUUUGAAGUUCUUACUGUUUUAUGCUGGAGACCUUGCCAACGUUUUCUUUGUCACCACAGUGGGCACAGGGAUUUAUUGGCUUGUGUUCUUCAAAGGUCAGCAGUUUGUCUCUGUCCUUUUACCACUUCCAUCUCAAGAAGAAGAUUUUGUUACAUACAUAGCAUGUGCAUUUAGUUUAAAGGCUCUGCAAUUCUUACAACUGCUGGUUUCACAGCUUACUAUAGACAUUUUCUUUAUUGACUGGGAAAGACCUAAGAGCAGAGUUGUUAAAGGAGUUGAAGGUGAAGGUGUUAUUAAAAGUGCUGCUGCACCUGUGAGCAUAUGGAGGACCUAUUUUGUAGCAAAUGAAUGGAAUGAAAUUCAGACAGUGAGGAAGAUAAAUCCUCUGUUUCAAGUGUUUGCAGUUCUUUUUUUUCUGGAGGUGGUGGGAUUUUCAAACCUGGCUUUAAUGGAUUCUUCUUCCAGUCUUGCAAGAAGCAGUGAGAGUUACAUAGCUCCUUGGAGCCGCAUUUUAAGAUUUGGUGUGUCUGCUGCGGUCUGGUUAGCCAUUGCUGGCUUACAGAUUAUAUUUUUUUCUGUGUGUUAUGAAAGAUUUAUUGAAGACAAGAUAAGCCAGUUUGUUGAUUUGUGUUGCGUGAGCAAUAUUUCAGUGUUUCUCUUGUCACACAGCUGCUUUGGUUAUUAUAUCCAUGGUCGCUCUGUGCAUGGACAUGCAGAUACCAAUAUGGAAGAAAUGAAUAGGAACCUAAAGAGAGAAGCAGAAAAUCUGUGUAGUCAGAGAGGUCUGUUACCAAACACAGAUGGCCAGACAUUUCAGAUGUCCAUUUCAAGAAAAGUGCGACUGCACUAUGACAGGAUUCAUGAAACCCUGACAAGAAGACGUGGUCCUGCUAGGCUUUUGGACUCAUCUGCAAAUACUUUUGAACAAAGCACAAGGGCAUACAACACCAUGAACAAAUUUCUCAGUUCUUUUAUUAAUCACGCUCAUAAAGAAAUGGAUUAUAUUGUCAAAGAUAAGUUGCUGUUUGAACGGAUUCUUGGCAUGGAGUUCAUGGAACCCAUAGAGAAAAGUCUUUUUUACAGUGAUGAAGGACAGUCCUUCAGUGAUGUUCUCUAUUACGGCAAUGAGACAACGCUGCUCAUCUUUGAUAUCCUGUUUUUCUCUGUUGUGGAUCUGGCUUCCCAGAGUUUUGUCUUAGCAGCUAUUCUAACCUAUUUGCAACAAGAGAUAUUCAGGUUUAUUCGUAGUACACUUGGGCAGAAGAAUUUGGCAUCCAAAACCCUGGUGGAUGAAAGAUUUCUCAUCUAAUUAAGAAGAUGAAAAACUUUGUUGAGGAGUUCAUGGUGGAUGUUAUGUCCAUGACCAAAGUAUCUCUGACUGCAGAUUAAUUCUAGUGCACUUUUCAAUAAUAAUAGCGUGAUGUUUUUGAAAAGGGUAAUUUUUUAUAUUGUGUGCUAUUAAACUUUAUUUUUGUGUAUUUACAAAUAUUUUUUGAAUUUAUGAACGCUAAGCCAUAGGCUAUUAAAAGGAAAGGCACAUGAAAAUAAGAAGUAAACUUAAGUGUUGUUAUUAGUAAAAUAAGGUAAAUAUUUUCUGAUGGUUUUUGGUAAGAUAGAGACUGCACACUUUUUUUUUUUUUCUGACAAUCCCUUACAUCUUUUUUAUUAUGUUUAAUUUAUUUUGAGGUACAAUGUAUAUCAAACACACAGUUUUACACAGCACAGGAUUUGUUCUCAAGUAGGCUACUAUUUCAGGAGGACUUUUUAAAGAUCUCUUAUUUAUAGUGACUCCAACUUGAAAUUUGAGCUGUUCUUUACUGUGUGAUAGUAUUGUGUGCUUUUGUCUCUUCUUGGAGUUUUUUCUUGGGUGUGGACUAGAUAUGACAAAGUUUCCUUGUGUUUGAGAUUCAGUAGUGUUACGGUGAUGCAGAAAAACAGGUUAGUUAUGAUAGAGCAGCGGAGAUGCUUAUAGGUGCUGGAGGUUUGUUCCUGAUCUUCUGUCAUCUGAUGUGAAAUGCAUGGGGAAGUAACAGUAAUGCUUUUGUGCUGUUUCCACACAAGUGAAGCAGAAGCAAUCGUUCUUAUCCUUCUAGAAGUGUUUUCACAGGUGCCUAUCUAUGCUCAUGUACCUCUCUCUCUCAUCUCUCUGAACUUUCUGGCUUUAUUAUUUUUAGGUAUAACCCAGAGACCAUAAUCAUUUUACCAUUAUUAUGUUUUUGGAAUUUAAACGAGUUAAUAAUUAUUCAAGUGCCACUUAUUAAGUAUUAAGGGAGAUUAUGAAUGGCCUUCAAAACACCUUAAAGUGAGGUGUCUACCUCCCAUAUGUACCUCUGAAAAGUCUCCCUACCUUUUUUGAAGUAUGUUUUUCAGUAAAUGGUUAAACCUGAAUAGUGUUUGCUGUUUUUAUACCUGUUACUGUCCUUAGAUGAUUCCACAAGGGACUUUCACCAGCAAAAACACCAUAAAAAUGUAAGCCAAGGUUAGUGUGUUUAUUCCAAAACAGAGACGGAGGACAUGAUUAGCUGGAACUAGGAGAUUUCCAAUGCCAAUGUGCUCAUCUGAGUUGAAGCAGCAUUGUUCCAGGUGUUGCUUGGCUUUAUAAAAAGGAACUUGUUCUCAUUUUGAUACUACAUCAUACUAUCAUGAUCUUAAACCUACUGGAACAUGGACAUAAACCUCAGGGUCACUAUUGGCUGUAAUAUAUUUGCUUUUAGUGUUGGCAAAGGAUGUGUAACUUGCUAGUUCAAUAUAGUUGCUAUUAACUGAUAGAACGUGUCUGUCAGUAAGUCUGUAGUAAGAGAGAUGACUGAAGAGUUGAUUUGUAGCAGGACAUCCAUUUAUCAAUAUGCAGUUUAGCACAGACAUUUCCAUGUCCUGCUUUCCUUUCUUCUGUCUGUUUAUGUGCACAAUGCUUAGUUUGUUGGUGCACACUAUGCUGCAAAAAAAAAGGUGCAAAUACAGAACUUCCAACAGUGAAGUGUACACUCUAAAUAAAAUUAUUGUUGUUGCCUUUAUAGUGAAUGUAGAGAUGGAAGUGUCCAUUAGGUGCUGCAUCCAUUAAAGUAGCCAAAAAAUUGUAUUUCUACUGAGUAUCAUGAUUGUAUGGUUUAUUAGUUGUGAGGUUUCUGUCAUACUUCCCGUCAGUGAUCUACUGAGUGCCAAAACUGUAAACUAAGCCAAGGAGCCAUCUGAAGAAGGGUCUGCAGCAGGACAUUAGCAAGGCAGUAGUUAAGCUGACAUGAUGCCCAUGUAUUUCUUUGGUCCAUAGCUUAGCAUAGCUUAGCUAAACUUAAUAUCCCAGUUCUUACAAGUCCUACUGAAAUGUCAGUGUACAAGAGGAAAUAUACUCUUAUGUGACCAGAUUUAUUCAAGGUGACUGAUGUGACUAAAGGGGCGUAGAAAGUUGCUGUGGUCCAUAAGUGAUCAAGUACAACCCUAAUGAAUUAUCCUAAUAGAGAUCUUUCCUUAUUGUCACUUUCCAGCAAUAGUACUGUAUGUCACUGGCAAUGGUAACAGCCUCAGGCUUUUUGUCUGUGUGAAUUCUGAUGAUGUGUUCAUGGUCAUGAAGGUAUUCUAGCGAACAGAGCCACACUUCAAAUGUACCAGAAUGGUCUGACCUAGGACCAACUUCAGCCAGAAUAGCUAAAACAUAGUAGCCAGACCAGGGUAAAUCAGGGAAUGCCUGCAAGCAAGUGCCAUCUGUAGACACAGACUUGUAGUUUUAAUUAGCCCAGUACCAGCAGAAGUGGGGACAUUUCAGCUCUCCCUCUGUACCCUGUUGUCAAUGCUUUUGCUUAACCAGCGACACCCUUCUGUGCAAAAGUCAUGCUUUGAGUUUGCUUUAGAUAGGCCUUUAAUUAUGUGCUGCUCAGAAGGGCAUGUGAAAGCUUUGAUGACCUUCCACUUUGCAAGAACUACUGCUACAGGCAACUCUUGUUAAAGAUAAAUGAUAAAUUAAUCUGAAAACGUCAAAACAGUUCAGUUGCUUAGUGCCCUUUUCUCCUCAGUGUGCACACUACUCUGUUGUGUUUUAUUUUUCCAGGUCAUUUACCUAAGCUGUUAAAUCAGCUAACAUAGGCACUUUACAUGAUUUAGGAAAUAAUUACAGGAGUCAAAAGCUCCAGGCGUUCAUAGCGUUCAUAGAUGCGUUUCUUCAUCCUUGCUGUCCAGUGAACACUUGAAAUGCGUUGACUGUGCUUUGUUCUCCUGUUGCUUCGUGUUUGUUCAAGGAAUGUCUCUUGUGAUUUUAUUUCCAACUUAAUGUUUUUCCUUUUUUUAAAAUUAACAUGCAGCUACACUGUGCUGUUGAUGUAAUGAGUGUCUUCCAAGUUUCUAAAUGUUUUAUUUAAUCACAUGGCAUCUCAAACCCUCACAUCUCUCCCUCUGAGCAAUAAAAUAUUUUCAAGGAUUGGA